CAUGGAGCAUUUGUGAUAAGAAGAAAAUAAGAACUCGCGCUUUAUCUUUCAUUUUCUCCACUAUCUCUUGUUCUAGAAUUGGCGAGGGGCAUUUUAACUACGUGGAUCGUGUACGACUGCGAGAGCCUCAUAGUUUCAGUGGACCAGGCAGAGGAUCCGGGUGGCGGCAGAGAUCUUUCUCGAGUAUCGAUCUCUCCACCAGUAGUGGACGAUCUCGUGACUACGGUGGUUUCUACGAUCUCUACACACGCGUAGAUACUGGUCGUGAUUACGAGGAUUUCUAUGCUGUCAAUCAUAAAGCAAGAAAGGGAGAUUCAAUUUACGAUCACGUGGAUCCACUUUUCAAUGCUGGUGGAGUUGAAGCGUGCAGCUUGAGACGUACACGAAGUUUGGCUGUAAUCAGGGAGGAAACAUUUAAUGAUUUGCAAAUAAGUGGCGUCCGAACGAGACGUUCCCAAUUAAUUCCACGAGCUAAACUUGUGGAUAGGAAUUUCUUUCAAGAGAGGUACAAAGCCAAAAAGGAGGAAGACGACGCUGCUAGUGCAAAAACUCACACCUCCCAGGAGUCUGAUGAAUUUUAUGCGAAUCUAAAACGUCUGGACGCCUCAACGCAACCUGCAUCGAGUACGUGGCAGAAUGAGAAGAGUGAUCUGGACAGUUUAGAUUCGAGCUACUUCAAGAAUUCCUCCCAUCAAGCAUCCUUGGAGCUGAAUCGUGAUCAAUGUGGCGAUGGGAAGCACGUAGAAGCUGAAAUUGAUAUUCAUUGUGCUGAUUCACGAAUCCUCGCUGAUACAACAACAUCCAAUUCCGAUAGUGUUGACCACUGCCCGGAAGUUGGUGAGAAGACAUCCCUGCCAGAAAUUCAACUUCUCGAUGAGAUUCUUCAGACGGAAGAUCAAAAGAUUGCCUCACAGAAUAACACACUAAAGUGGCUGAAGGCGAAUGAACGUGAGCAAGGGGAGGAAUUUCAGUCGGAUCAAGUUCCUGAGGAGCGUUCGAAGCUCAUUAUUGAGCUAAAUAGUGAUACAACAAAGUUCCGAGACGACCUCAAAAGUGUAGUUUCGUACGAUUCAAUCUACCUGUCUUCGGAGACAAGUGAUCGACAAACCGUGAUAAAUGAGAGCUUGUGCGAUCCUCUGCCAGAAGUAACCAUAUCCUCAGGGGAUGGGACAAUCCACAUAACAGUGGAUGAUUAUGACGAAGUUUUGGGUCGCAAUCAGUACGUUGAUCCACGCAUAGCUGAUGACUUGGACACACUCUAUAGUCAAGUGAAUAAGUCAAAGCCCAAAAUUGUUGGGAUUGAACCAAAGGCAUCCGUUACGAAUCUCACAACAUUCUCGGACAUUUCAAAUCGCGGCACACUCGAACGUCUAACACUCCUCACGACGAAUCGCCUUCUCAACGACGCCAAAGCCAAUCGGGAUCUUCAGGGGAAACUCGUGGAGAAUCACUACUGCAGUCUUCCGGACAUUAACAUUGGCAAAUGCCUUCGAGCAUCCGAGAGGAUUGAUGCCAAAUUGCGCCUUUCGUGCGAUAUUGAGGAAGAGAAGACCAUCUACGACUCCAUAUCGCAUUUUGGUCGAGCGCACAAGCGUCUACGGCAGCGUGAAAAUUGCGAAGUGGUCGUUCUCAAUCCCAUUUCAAUUGAGGAGCAACCACGUGAGGCGCCGAGUAUUGAAGUUGAAACGCCAAUAAAGCAAGUUGAGGAUUCAGAUUCAACCAAUGAGUACCUAAGUCAGUUAGGUUUGGACAUUGAGACACAACAAAAUUCCCUGGACACCUUUUCAGCUGCAUCCGAUCAGGAGUGCUCAAUUGGCUUUAGUCAGCAAACAGCGUACGCCGUUAAUAUUGGUGGGAAGAAGGUGAUUGUGGAUGAAGUGGACAAGUUGCAUUUGCAAGAAGCCGAAGAUCGUCUUCAGGAUCGAAGUGUAAAACGGUCAAAUAGCCUGCGCGACAGCGAAGUCCUCAAGGGGAGUAUUGAAGAGAGGAAUUCAGAGAUAAAAAUCUUCAUAACUGAUACGAGUGGUGAGACAAAGGACGAAGGUGGGAAUUGCUGCAACUUCACACCUCCGAGUCCUCCGUCUCCAGUUAAGGAACUCCCCGAAGAAAGUCAAUCGUGUGACGUGGAGGAAAAUCAGGAAGCUAAAUCCCAGGACGCUCCUGAAAACAGUCCCGAAGAGGAAGUCUUCAAUGCACGCCCUAUAAAGGUUGUUGAUGAGGUGAAGUCACUUAAUGAUAGAAGCAACCAAAGCGCCAAAGAGGAUUGUUUAAAGUCAAAAGUACUCAACGGGAAGCGUCACGUAGACAUGCCACGACCACAGAUCCUCCACAUUGUUGAACCAACGAAGAAGAGCAAACCUUCGGUGUCGUUCAACCUGCAACCGCCAAAGGUUGACCCACCACCACCGCCUCCUCCUGAGCCAAAUCCAGAUGAAAUUCAGCAGGAAUUUCACGAUAAAGUCGACUCAAUUCGGUGCUACUGGUCAAAAUUGGCCACAUCCAGUGAAUCCGAUGAGCAACCCGACAAUGAGGCGCAAGCCAAAGAGAAUCAAAAUGACGUAGCCCCACUCACGUCCGUUGAGAACAUCGUUAAGACCAUUGAGGGUGAUGUGGGUGACAAGAAAGUCUUCAAUUCGGGCAAAUUCAACGGUGAGAAGAGUUUCUGUCCCACCGUUGAGAUCAUCGAGCUCGACGGGAAGACCCAAACGGCCGUCGUUAAAGCCAAAAGUGCGGAAAAUGAUUUUGAUCAUGUUCGAUAUAAAGUUAUGAAAUCCGACACAUUCCAAAAAAAUCUCCUCACUCAAUCGCGUCGUGAAGCACAAUUUGAUGGAUUAAUGCAAUACCUGCAAGACUACAGUUUUCAGUUUAAUCUGCAGGAAUUGCUGGCGAACAAUAAUGUGGUGAUUAUAGAGCCUGUACGCACGAAAAUUGAGAAAAUCAGCGAUAAACCCGUGAAACACCAUCGCCCGGCGUGUCGGAUAACAGGAGGUGCGGGCAAGGGAAAUGAAAAGGGUAAAAAUGGACUCAAGAGACAUUUCUUUUAUCACCCAGUUAGGGUAAACAAGGAAUUGAUUGAUGAGGAAUUGCCAACGCCAGACACAGUGAGAAAUGUACGAAAACUCUUUGAGGGUACAUUGCGUAUGCGUAAGGAGCAUCCAGCGGCUGGUAUGAAGGCAUCCCCGGCAAUUGGGGCAAAGCACACGGAUUGCCUGCGGAAGAAAACGCUGAGGUAUUUAGCAAUUGACACAUCAUACGACGAUGCAGCUGGCAGCAUUAGGAAAUGGGACUCUGCUAGUCUUUCAAGUGGCAUCUCCAGCGGUGAUCUGAGCUCCCCAUGCGAAUGUACCGCCACCACCGAGCACGGGGACACCCUCUUCACGGCCGACGGUCACAAAGUGAUCCACUAUUCCAGCGAAGAGAAUCUCUGCGACGAUGAACUUUGUGAUACACACUACGUAAGUCAGGAUGUCCUGGAAAAAAUUCGCGAACGUGGUUCAUCUGUCACAUACUACGGAGGACGUGUUGUGGAUAAGAAAUCAAACAUCAGCCCAAUGACAAAGGCCAUUAUGCAGGAAAUUAGGGGGUCACAAAUCAAAUGUGGGGCAUGUCAACCCCACAACUGCCCACAAACGGAGGAGCUUACGGCCAAAUUUCAGAGAUCAGACAACAAUUAUCUCGGAGUCAAAUUUAAGCUUGUAAAGUCAAAUAGUUGCAGCAGUCGCCUGGAGCUUGUGGGCACGGGGAAGCUCAACAGUACUUGUUCACCGAAUAAAAUUGCAUCCGUGGAACAGGAGAAAAUUCAGGAAAAUGGUUCCGAAGAGCAUUCACUCGAUGCGGAAACGGAACAAUCGGUGAGGACGAUAGUUGAGCGCCUGGAAACGGGUGCAAUUCACCAAAAACCCGUGCCACGGAUAAUCGAAUCGAAAUGCAUUGAGAAAAUUGGAAAUGACGACGCGAAGGGUGGCACGGGCGAUGGCACAACAAUGACCAUCAACAAUCAACUGACUGAGGGUGGAAAAAGCAGUGAGCAUCGGAGUCUUGGACCUGUUGAACUCAUCACUCAAGUCACCGUGAAUAAUCACAUAAGCUUCUGUAGCCCCCCGGCGGCCACACCAGCCGUCCAGGCGGCCCCACAUGCUGCCCGUGAGACGACAAAAAGUACCAAAGUGUGCCGCAAUAAGAACGUAGACUUAGCAUUUAGUAUGAGUAGUACGCAAAAGAGUCAGCCAACACCAAAGCCAACCAAGGACAAGGAGAAUAAUGCCAAGAAGGCAUCUCAGUCACUUGAGAAUUUAGUCAAUGGGCGCAAUGAGCAAACUUUUCGGGAUAUCAAGGGGAAUUCAUGUGAAUCCACCAAGGCGAAGAUAAUCUAUCACCAACAGAAAUCCAACUCAAUCGACAGUGAUGGUGGCCCACAGAGAAAUCCCAAAGUUGUCAUGAGGAGAUUCUCCGACCACAUCCUGUACGAUUCACAGAAGAACACCCCACAGAGUCAACCACCCGAUGUGAGCACCACACCACCCACUCAAUCACUCGGGAACAUCCAGCAGCCCCCAAUGCAGAAUAAGAUGGUUAAAUGGGGUACACUGAAUAAAUUUGAUGAGAAGAACUACGUCACGAAUGAUACGAAGCUGAAGCACAAGAAAAAGUACGACGAAAUGGAAUUUGAGGAAUUCGAAGUACUCGAUCCCAAUGGCGAAUGCUACGACAGCCUCAACAGUUGCAAAUGAAGCUGGAAAAUAUCUACAUUCUCUCCUAUCGCACAACAGUGUGAUUUAUCCUUCAAAGACCAGCGAAUUAAUUCAAUCAUCAUUAACAUCGUCCAUCAUCAAAUAAAAAUCUCUCCUUCUUCCAACUCAUUCCAACUUACAUCUCACAUAAAAAAAAUUUUUAAUUAAAUGUAGAAUUUAUCAUUAUAAGGUACAUAUUAUAUUGAAUAAAGUCAUGAAAAAUGAAACGAAAUGUAUCAGUAUUUCUCUUUCCCACUUUUAAAUCUAAUUUCUUAAGUUUAUUCCCCUAAAGAAAAAAAAACAUUUAAAGAAAAUCACAUUAGAAUAUUGAAUAGAAAUAUUUCGGUUGUGGUUUAUUGUUACACACACACAUAAUCCUAUUGCGCAAUUAAAAAAAAUAAAAGUUCAUUACUUUCAAAACAAAAAAAA